AACCUAUUGUCUCCGGUGCCAGAUAGGUAGGAGAUGGCGAGGAUGAGGGCGGUGUGUGUUACGGUGUUGCUCUGGUUUGGGGUGGGAGUUGUAGCGGACAUAGACUUGACCAGACUGGACAAUCAGAGGGGCACGAAUGUUGUCCAAGCAACUAUUGACCAAAUUCGAGAUGGCUGUAUCUUCCCCAAGGACAGGCUUUUUCUGAGACGAUUAGCCUUUGUCGAGUCCAGGGAUGGCCUUGACUCCAAGACGUACAGAAGCGGAUAUUAUGGCGGUAUUUGGCAGGUAGAUGAGUCUAUGUUUAAAGCUACCACUGCAUGUCCCGCAUCCAUCCGACACGUCUGCAACCAGAUCCAGAUCAAAUUCCGCAUUGACUGGAGUCAGGUUCAAUGGCGGGAUCUCUUAAAACCGCUAUAUUCUGGUCUAGCUGCUUCCCUCUACAUCCAGCUGCGGCAAGAUGACGACAUAAUUCCAGGGAGCGUGGAUGCCCAAAGCCAGAUUUGGAAAAACAUAUACCAUCCAAAACCUCCAGUUGCCAACUUCUCCUCCCUCGUGGUAACAGAAUCCUGCGACGCAGAGUUGGAUGUGACUUUCCUGGUGGACAGUUCGGGCAGUAUCGGAUCAUCUGACUUCAGUGUAAUGCUGGGCUUCCUGCAGCAGGUGGUGGAGGGCCUGGGUGUGAGUCGUGCAGGGACACACGUCGCCAUCGUCCGCUUCAGUUCCUCGCCAUCGGUCGUAUUCCGCCUCAAUGAAUACUACGACACCGAUGACAUUGUCAGAAAUAUCCAUAGGAUCUUCUAUGUUGGAGGGAGUACUAACACAGCUGGUGGUAUAGACGAGAUGAUGUCGAGCGUGUUUACGACAUCCAAUGGGAUGAGGUCACAGGCGUCCAAAUUAGCCAUCUUACUAACUGAUGGUGGGUCAGACAGUACUUUACAGACGAGGGCCGCAGCAGAGAGAGCGAAAGAAGCGGGUGUCGUUUUCUUUAGUAUUGGAAUUGGAAGCGUGAACCCGGAUGAGCUGAUGAGCGUGGCCACACAGCCGAACUGCACCCACUACUUCCUGCUGAACAAUUUCGCUGAGAUAGACACAAUCCUGUACGAGAUACAGCGCAGCGCCUGCAGAGCCGUGUUAUCCCUGAGUAAGACCGAAACUGAGAUACACAAAAAACUGCAAAACAUCUCGACUGAAGUCACGGUCUCGGUUGACGUUCCUUCGUUACCGUCGGCUAGCAACUCCACGGCAAAUGACACAUACGUGUCGGUUUUGACGACAGUCAACUGCGGCGUCGUCAAUGUAUACGCCUCCUACGAGGUUACACAUCCGGGUCCCGCGUUCCAUGACGUCAAGGGCGUUGCCACGGGCGACCUCCCGUCAGUGAUGUACGUCAACACGUCAAUAGACGGCCGUCCACUGUACAUCACGUACGAAGGAGCUAAGCUCCCUGCUUCCGCCACGGGGUUAAAGGACUGUGACAAUGCUUCUGUCCACAUGUCCAUUGUAAAAGGACCACCAAAAGGUCCUGAUAUCAUAUGCCGGGAGGAUGGAGUUGAGAAGGAGUGUACCAAAACCGACUUCCUCAUCAGCAAAUACAACAAGUUCUUGUGUAGAGAUAACUGGCAGGAGAUUGAAAACCCUUGCACAGCCGCCAGGAUCAGCAACAACGAACUCUACUUCCCUCAUCCGUACGACAACACGAAGUUCAUCAGGUGCGACCUCACCGGCGACAUGUACAUCACUCAGUGCCCGGGUCAGAAGCGCUACAUCGCCGACUCGCAUGUGUGUGGUACUGAACACGCCGUCAUCAACAACAACAAGAAACCCAUCGCCACCAACAACAUAUCCAACCCAUGCACCUUAAACGAGAUCAGGAACAACCACAUGUACUUCCCCUACCCCGGAAACCUCGCCAAGUACAUCCACUGUGACCCCUCGGGCAUGCCAUGGGAGAACUCCUGCCAGGAUGGCUUCCUCUGGUUCCAGGACGCACAGACGUGUUCCCCUGACUACCAGCACCAGGGAGUCGGAUCCACUGCUUUCACCUUCGUCGACCCCUGCACUAAGGCCAACAUCGACGCCGGCAACAUGUUCUUCCUCUACGCCCCCGACCACAACAAGUAUGUCCAGUGUGACGUCACCGGCAUCUACUACAUCCGCUCGUGCCCCGCGAUGAUGCAUUUCAACGUCUCAAAGAAGCAGUGUGUGAGGAGGGACGAGAAUGAUGCUGUUGGAGUUCUACCAUCUCCACCAGCUUAACAGGGAUACAUACCAACAAGCUUUUUACUUCUUCCAUGAAUAUAUUGGGAAAAACGUUUUUCUUGGUGGAAUGAUGUUGAUAUGAUGUUACUGGCUUUUGUUACUUCUUUUCUGCGCGUGUGCCUUUGUAGUUGGUUGAUAAUUCAGAUUAUUGUUUGAAUAAUAUGUUCAGGAUGAAAUCUUUACAUGUUUCAACAUUUUAUGGUCUCGCGUAAAUCGACAUAUAUGUAAAUGUAUCGAUGAUAAGAACAUAUUUAGCUGAUUAAUAAAUAUAUUUUGUCUUUC